AUGCCUCGCGCGAGCACAAUACCAGGGGCCCGGCUACGGUGUCGCCGGGCAUGCGACAGCUGUAAACGACGAAAGCAGAAAUGUAAUGGCGAGCAACCCUGCACAAUCUGUGUGCAACGACAGAAACAGUCGGAAUGCCACUUUUCAGAUCGCCCCGCACGUCUCCUCAAGCCUGACCCCAAAGAUUCGACUAUGUUACUCAGUGAACGCAUAAUCCCCUCCCCGCAGCGGGAUACGGCGAUGGAUCGCCUGUUGAAUUCCUUGGAGGAUAGGGACAUGAGUUUAGAACAACAGACCCGAGAUGAAAAAGAGGGGACCGCUCCCGUUCCCAAGGUGGCGCGUCUUCUCCGCGACGGGCAGGGCAAGUUCAUGUACAUUGGAGACUCGGCGAGUCUGUCAUUUUUGCAAAGUGUUCGACGUGUGGUAUCCUCAUCUAUUGGCCGGUGUGAAUUCACCGAAGAUAAUUCACGACACUCUAUGCUGGAAGCUUUUCAGAAUAACCCAAGUACCCAACAGGGUCCUCUCAUUCCUCCACCAAGCAAUGAGGAGGCGCACAGACUUACCCGACAGUACGUUCUUGCGACAAGUCCGUUGCUCGAUUUGGUUGAUCUCGAGGAGUUUCACCCCCGGCUGGCUAGCUGGGUAGACAAUCCUUCGGGCGAUGAAGACACUGUCAGCUCCAUCUUCUACCUUAUCCUUGCCAUUGGGGCCCAGGUCUCCGAUAGCAACCAGACCUUAGCAGAGCAAUAUUUUAGCAGUGGUCGCCAAUUAGCUUUUUCAGCUUUCCAGGAGACGCCUAGUAUUCAUACCAUCCAGUCCUACAUUCUAGUGUCGAUGUACAUGCUGGGUGCGUGUCGGCGCAAUGGAGCAUUCAUGAACCUGGGGAUCGCUUUACGAGCCGCCUAUGCGGUUGGUAUUCACCGCAAGGAUGCAAAUGCGCUCUUUUGUGGACGCGAGCGAAGGGCCAGAGAGCGCGUGUGGAAGAGUCUCCGCAUGAUGGAUUUGUUCCUCAGUGCCUCGUUAGGGCGCCCUCCUGCAACAUCAGAUUACGAUUUCGAUAUCCGUGAAGAUUUCCUUGCAUCUGGAGAGCCACAAGGCAAUCUGACCCAGGAUAAGCAGCUUUCACUUGCAGUGACCUCGCUAUGUCGAAUUUUUGAACGAAUCCUCACCGACGUUUAUAUGAAACAAGUCAUCUCGAUCAAUGUUGCGGAAUCCAUCUCGAACCAGCACCGUGCUUGGGUCCGAACGCUACCAAAAUUUCUAAAGGAUCAAACAGAACGACUCGACAAUAAAACCAUGCAGGACAGUCUUGCGGCGGCUCAUGUUUUUGGGUCAUAUUAUUGGUCGAUCAUCCUCCUCACACGACCAUUUCUCGUCUAUCGCGUGGCUCAGUAUGUGAAGAAAAAAGCUGAUCCGUCUGCAUCAGAUGGUCCAAACGGUAGCUCUCGUAUUGCUCUGUUUGCGGAUGCAUGUGUUUACUCCGCGCUUCGAGGCUUGGAUGUGGUGGAUGAUUUGGGCCGGUUCGCAUCACUGCCCCGCCGUCUCCCAUUUUUAAUCAAUUCUGUUUUCAACUCUGCCGUUGUUCUCGGGGCUGCAUUCUUUGCCGACUACGAUAAUCUGCUGCCUCUCGAAGAGGGAAUGAUCAAAGCAGAACGUUUCCUUGAAUUAUUUGUUCCGCACGACCCCCAUGCGUGCCGCUUCAGCCACAUUAUCAAGUAUCUCCGCGCUGCUGUGAGUGAGUACAUCCAGCGACGCAACCGUCAAUGGAUGGAUCACCGAAGCAGGCAAGUUGAUCAACUUUUCGGCCAGGUCGGCGGUGCCAAUAACUCCCCCCUCACAACGGGGUCUGCUCAUGAUGUUCCGCUGAACCACCUUGAGAGUCAGCCGUCUCCAGCUGUGCCUUCUCCAAUUUCACCCAGCAAACUGGAUGGUAGGACGCCAUCCUCCUUUCUACCAUCAGGGCCUAAUCCCCAGCAGCUCAGUGGGGACGUUUGGGAUUCACUUUACAAUGCACCAGAUGGGGCUGCUGCACUUUCUUAUGAUGCUGCUAUAUCUGCUCUGACCACCUCGGGCAUCCCUGUCGGUUGCUCUCCGGGUGGUACUAUUCCAACCGAACAGCCCCCGGUCUCCGGUGGCCCAUCUCCGUUAUCCGAUGUGAUAUUCCCUGAGAACGGUCUGUUGUAUAUGGCUGAAGAUCUCCCAGUUUUUGGUCUGUGGGGAGAGUCUUGA